AUGAAUAAUUACCAUGUUCCAAAUAAAAUAUGGAAUGAAUCAACACUACAGCAACAACAACAACAACCACAAGAAAAUGUAUCAAGUAAUAAAGCUAUUUCUGUAUUCUCAGCAGGUAUAAGAGCUUUAAUAUAUCAAUUACAAAGUUUUUAUUUAAGAACUCCUGUAAAAUUAUUCCGACCUUCAAGAUUUGAUUAUAUGGCUUAUGUAAGAGCAUAUGCAAAUAAAUUAGAUAAUAUUGAUAAAAAACCUUAUAAAUUUAGAACUCAUUCAUCAAUUGCAAUGUUGGUUAAAGUUAUUAGAAAAGAAGGUUGGAAAUUUAUACCUGAUCAAAUUUUACCACCUUUAAUUUUUAAUUCAGCAACUGGUAUUAUUUUGUAUGGUACUUAUUUAACAAGUUUAGAUCAUUAUCAGAAAAAAAGAGGUACCGGAAGAGGUGAAUUUAAUUGGUAUUCACCAAUAGAUACAUGGAGAGCUGGGUUUAUUGCAGGAGCUGCACAAUCAUUAGCAGCAGCUGCAGUAGAUGGGAUAUAUAAUCGACUGACGAUUUCUGAAAUUUUGGAAGGUUCACAUCAAAAUUUAUGGCAGUUUGGAUUUCAAAAAUUAAAAGAAAUUGGAUUUUUGGGAGUUUUUGCAGGAUUUGGAUUUUCAUUUAUAAAAGAAAGUUUUGGAUUUGCAUUUUAUUUUUCAACUUUUGAAACUGUCAAAACUCAAGGUUAUAAUAUAACUUUUCAGAUUUUAAAAUUUUAUAGGUUACAAGAAGAUAGAAUCAAAAAAUAUUUACAACAUUUGUUUAAUUGGAAUAAAGAACAAACUGAUGCCAAAUUAGAAAAACUAGAAAGGUAUAGAUCUGAUAGAAUUUUAAAAACAACUUUCGUAUUAUUAGCUGGUGCCUCAGCUGCUUUUGCACUUUUAGCUAUUCAAUACCCCAUUACAAAACUUCAAAAAAUUCAUUUAUCAAGGUUAGAAGCAUUGGAUAUAUAUAAUGCAUCAAAUAGACAACAUAAACCGUUUAUUAAAUUAUAUUAUAAUUCUUAUAUUGAUACAAUAAAUCAAGUUAUAAGAAUGAAACAAAGAGCAAAAGUAACUUGGUUCAAAGCUGCUUAUAGUGGAUUUGUAAGAAAUGCAUUAUCAACAAUACCUGCUACUUCUAUUGCUUUAUUAGUUUUUGAAAUUACAAGAACUAGACUUGCUGAUAAUUUUGAAGAAUACGAAAUUUUAGAACCUUAA